CUUGUGAUCGAGGAUAUUAUGGUGCUGAGUGUCAACAGGAAUGUGGACACUGCCGUGACUUAACUCAGUGCGUCCACACUAACGGGUCAUGCUUAACUGGGUGUGAAGCUGGUUAUCAUGAACAAAAAUGUGUUGCACCUUGCCCAUAUGGAUUGUUUGGACCGGAUUGUCUAGAAGAAUGUAACGGCAAAUGUGAUGGUUGUAACGGAUUCAAUGGUUCUUGUGAUUCUGGGUGUAACCCCGGAUGGCAGGGAUAUGAGUGUCUAGAUGCUUGCGAUAAAGGAUCAUUUGGUGAUGACUGCAGUGAAACAUGUGGACACUGUCGUGACAUAGACCAGUGUUUCAAUAUAAAUGGGACAUGUUUGACUGGAUGUACUGCUGGUUAUCAGGGGGACUUGUGUAAAACAACGUGUGGUCGAGGAUAUUAUGGUGCUGAGUGUCAACAAAAAUGUGGACACUGCCGUGACUUAACUCAGUGCGUCCACACUAACGGGUCAUGUUUAACGGGAUGCAAAGCUGGUUAUAAUGGGGAUACAUGUAAAACACCUUGUCCACACGGAUUCUUUGGACCGGAUUGUGCUGACAGAUGUAACGACACCUGUGAUGGUUGUAACAGAUUCAAUGGUUCUUGUGAUUCUGGCUGUAACCCCGGAUGGCAGGGAUAUGAGUGUCUAGAUGCUUGCGAUAAAGGAUCAUUUGGAGAUAACUGCAGUGAAACCUGUGGACACUGUCGUGACGUAGACAAGUGUCUCAAUAUCAAUGGAACAUGUGUGACUGGAUGUGAUGAUGGUUAUCACGGGGACUUGUGUAAAAUACCUUGUCCACACGGAUUCUUUGGACCGCAUUGUGAUGACAGAUGUAACGACACCUGUGAUGGUUGUAACAGAUUCAAUGGUUCUUGUGAUUCUGGCUGUAACCCCGGAUGGCAGGGAUUAGAGUGUCAAGAUGCUUGUAUUAAAGGAUCAUUUGGUGAUAACUGCAGCGAAACCUGUGGACACUGUCGUGAUGUAGAGAACUGUUUAAAUAUUAACGGAACAUGUUUGACUAGAUGUGCUGCUGGUUAUCAGGGGGAAUUGUGUAAAACACAAUGUGACAGAGGAUCCUUUGGAAUUGACUGCAAUGAAACAUGUGGGUACUGUCAUGAGGCAAACCACUGCUUUCAUACUAAUGGAACAUGCCUAUCCGGAUGUAUUGCUGGCUUUCAAGGGGACUUGUGUAAAAUAACUUGCCAGCGUGGUUUUUUUGGAGCAAACUGCACUAUGAAAUGUGUCGACACGUGUGAUGAUUGUAAUGAUGUCAAUGGUGUGUGUGAUCAAGGGUGUCUACCAGGCUUCACGGGAUAUGUUUGCCAAGAAGUCUGCCCGUAUGGAUUGUUCGGACAAGAUUGUACAGGUGAAUGUAACGACACCUGUACGGGCUGCAACAAUGUGAAUGGAUUGUGUGACAGAGGAUGUCAUCCAGGCUGGAGGGGAAACUACUGUGAUAUAGCUUGUGACAACGGAUUGUAUGGUGCUGACUGUAGCGAAACAUGUGGUCGGUGCCGUAAUGGGAGCCAGUGCGUUCAUACCAACGGGACAUGCUUGACUGGAUGUGAUGCUGGUUAUGAAGGCGAUGUGUGUAAAACACCCUGUCCGUAUGGAUUGUUCGGAGACGAUUGCACUGGUGUAUGUAACGAAAACUGUACGGGCUGCAACAAUGUGAAUGGUGUGUGUGACAGAGGAUGUAAUCCAGGCUGGAUGGGAGACUAUUGUGAUAUAGGUAGGUUAGCUUGCAUUGAAUGUGUCUCUGUUGUUGAUAUGAUACACCUUUAUUCAUAUUUUAUAUCCAUAGAAGCUAUUUUUUUGACAAUAUACCUUUUUUCAGUUAUAAGUGACUUCAAAUCAUUGAUGCAGGAUAGAACUUCGAAAGAAUUGUUAAUACUCGAAACAGGUUUAAUAAAUGUUAUGUUUUGA